AUGACGGGUUGGUUUCCUGUGGGAAGGAAUGAGGAGAAGGGGUGGAGGUUAGACAUCGUGUCCCUUCUCGCAGUUGUUGGCGAGUCUUCAGUCGAAGAACACUUACAGGCCUUGACCUCGUCAUGGACUUGCAUUCUUCCUCGAAUCAUACCCGCUCCUCAGGCCAUGUUAAAGCCUUCCCGCCCAACACGAUUGCCACAAGUAAAUGCUGCUGUUGUCGGAGUCCACAAUGGAACCCUCAUUCAGACACUCAAUUACUUCCCAAACAUCUUACACCCCAUUGAAGAUCUGCCGAAGUUAUCCUUUAAAGUCCUCCAAAUCAAGCAUCGAGAGCGACCGCAAGAUGAGGACAUCGCUCGCAACGAGAAACCCAAACAGAUGUCCGCUUCCACCAGCGUCGACCUUCGUGAGAUCGAGAGCGGUCCUCGUCCUGCUCGAUUACCUCGCCAGGAAACGCCUCUCCGCAAGCUUGCGCGCGCUCUCAGCUCGGAUCCAAAUAAGCCCAGGCCCCGCGUUCCGUCUCAAAUAUACUCGCCUAUGAAUGUUCUCUCUGUUGGGUCAUGUCUUUUGACCAUCGGACUCUUCAUAUGGGCGGCUCUGAUUCACGACGGGACGGCGUGCGUAGCGCUCGGCACCAUCUCUCUCGCCUCGUCUGUCGUGGGCUAUGCAUCAUGGUGGUCCCCCAUGCUGAUGGAGAGGACUUCGCACUCCAAAGUUCCUCCCGGCGACGUCGUGAUCCGCACCCGCGAAGGAGCAUUCCUCCUUGUGAAGUGUGACGAAGCAGUUGCACGUGAGCUCUAUGUCGGAACCGAGGAAUGCACGUACUAUGUUUCCAAACGCCCGUAUCAAUUCCUCGUCGCGCUCGGUACCUUAUUGCUCAUGGUUUCUGUCGUCUUGCUCGGGAACUGCGAUUUUCCUAUGCAGGCUGCGAUCGGCGUUUCUUACAUCGUCCUUAAUGGUGCUUACUGGGCCGCAUCCCUCGUCGACAAGGGGGCCUUCUGGGACCUCUCGAUCUAUGAAGUGGAAGAUGUUACUCCUGAGGAUGCGAAGAAUGCACAUGUUGAGCAGGACAACACGCUCGCAGGCCAGCCCAGCUUCACACGCACCAUGUGGUAUGCGAUCCGCGAGACCAAGAAGAUCGGCUGGGUGAAGAGAGGGGGCGUCGCUCCGAGGACGCCGCAAUGGGAAGAGUGGCUUAAGUUGGCUGAAGAGAAUGCUAAGAACAAUAGAGAUUGGAACGCGGUUGAGUUGAGAGAGGAGAUCGUAGGCCAGAUGGACACAAUUCCACAGGAGAAGUCCGCCGACCACAAAGAUACAGCAGAGCAACAUGCUCCUGUUUUUGUGAUUCCUCCUCAAGCUAUGAAGUAG